AUGAGCUUUAGUUCGUGGCUAUUUAAUCGAAAUCCCAGUGGCCAUUCUCAAGAACUUUCUCAAACACCAACAGUGAACGAAGUUGCUUCCGCGGAUCAGCAACCACCACAGAAAUCCAAAAAGAAAAGUCGAGGAAAUCGAAAGGAGCAACAUCGCCGAAGAAGACAACGUCGCCGUGAAGCAAAUGCUGCCAUUUAUAUCCAUAGUAGCUUAGAUUUAUAUGUAAACCUGAACUUGUUUUUUUUCUAUAAAAUAGAGGAUGAAAGUCAAGGAAACAUUGAAAAACGCAAGCGAACUAGCCCAAUGUCUGAUGAUCUAUUAGCCAGUGGAUCAAUGACUCAAUUGCCUGUAACAGAAACAUCAUCAACAAACAACAACAGCAGCAGCAGCAACGACCCACGGAAAGUAACACUUCAAUCGGCAAAUGACGCAAGAAAAUUUAAACCAAAAUUUUUGAAUAUUUCCAAUAAAAAAUUGAAAGGAAUGUUAUCGAACAUCAACAAACAUGAUCAUCAAAUCGUUUGCAGUUUAGACACAAAUGAGAAAAUGAAAUCUGUGCGACAGAUGAUACAUCUAAUUAGCACGUCACAUCACAUUUUAUGGCAAAAAGACCUAUGGCAACAUUACCAUGACUUUGAAGUACAAAAUGGGACGUCGGCGAUGAAAAUAUCAAACAAAAUGGCUAGAGAACAUGCAACGUGUCAAAUGAUUAUCCCAUCAAAACGUUUCAUUGAACAACGUCUGAAGAUGAUCCAACGUCAAAUGACAGUGUCCGGUACGGAGCUACAGCAGCAUUUCCUUGACUUGUUAACAUGGACACAGCAAUGUCAACCUCCAAUCGAUAUUCAUCAAUUAACAGUAUGGAUGGAUACAUUUGUUGAGAAUGGUCUGCGGCGAUUGAAAGACAAGUUUAAUUUUAAAAAGGACAUGUUACAACGUAAAUGA